AUGGGCAGCUACAUUGCGUCUGCGACCAAGAACAUCGAAACCAUCUCAGAAGAGGUGCGUCGAGUAGUCGCGAACCUUGCACCUUUGCUCCACAGCGGCUGAUCGGUUCCGCGUCUCGCAGAUCAUCCGCUCAGAGCACCUGUCCGCUCCUAGCGCUCUAAGAAUCGGUUUGAUUGCAUACAGGGAUCAUCCGCCUCAAGACCACACCUACAUUGUCAAGAAUUGUAAGUGGAGUCACAUGUGUGCACGCCAAAGGUUCUCACUUUUCCCAACCUCUCACUCCACAGUUGGCUUCACCGAAUCGAUUGACGUGAUCAAGGCAAAUUUGGGCACGCUUUAUGCGUCCGGUGGUGGGGAUGGACCAGAGGCUGUAACGGCCGCCAUGAAGGCCGCAUUGGACCUUGAUUGGAGGCCUGAAGCUACGCGGCUAGCCGUCUUGAUUGCAGAUGCCCCACCCCAUGGGAUCGGCGAAGUGAGUGACUGCUUGCAAGAGAGGUGAUGUACUGCCAGAGCUCAGAGGCCCUACCUUCGAUCUCGGCACUGUGCAGUAUGGCGACGGCUUCACACAGGGCUCCCCAGACGGCUUUGAUCCGCUACAAGUAGCCAGAGCCAUGGCAGCAUCCGGCAUCCCACUCUUCAUGGUCGCGUGCGAACCAGCCCUCUCAGGCUAUCAGCAUGCUGCAGACUUUUAUCAGGGCCUCGUGCGCAUCACAGGUGGCCAAUUGCUGCCUCUCACCACUGCUAGCUUGUUGGCACCUGUCAUCAUCGGGGCCGCAGGCGAAUGCAUGUCCUUGGACAGGCUGCAUCGAGAAAUCGGUGAUCAAGUCGCUCAGCGCAUCGCACAAAUGAGUCUGGACAACCCAGCGGAGAAUGACGUUAUGGACUCGGUCACGAGGGAUCUAUACAACAGUCUAACGUUGCGUCGGGAAGUUACGAAGCAGCUGAUCGUCGAGAGCAUAUACCGGGAAACGCCAGGUGAGCUUGGUUGAUGCCGACUCAGGUGAUUCUCGUUCGCUGACUUACAAUACCCCCAGAGUCACUGCACAACGUUCAAAUUUGGUCGACGGCGCCUGAUCUGGCUUCGGCAAGACCUCACAUCCGCAGAGUUACUGGCAGUCGACUCUCUGAGAAAUACCUCCGAGAGCGAUCCGUCUCAUCUGCCUACAAACCCUUCACACCAUACGCACAUCCUCGCACGUCUGGUGAAUUGGCUGAUGGAUCGGGCUCUUCGAGGUCAGCAAUGGCCUACAUUUUCGGGUUCGGAUCGAGCUCAUCGAGUCGGACAAGCGCUGGUUAUGGACGAUUCUCUUCCGCAGGAACAUCACCCGAGGGUGGCAGAGGUGGCUUCGGAGCUUCCCCGUCGAGUCCUCCAGGCUCACGGAAGGUCGUCUCAGACUUUAGCGCAUUCUCAGCCAAGCCAGGAACUACAUUUGGAGGUACGCCUAGCAGCAGCCCUCAGCUCGACAGAAAUGCCUCUGGUGACGCCAACCAGCCGUCGAGCCCGACCAAUCCUUGGUCCAACGGUCCGCGAAGCGGUGCGGCUUUCUCCAAUCCGAGGAGCCGUUUCCAGUCUGGUGGUGGCAUGGAUGAUGACGACGACGAUGAUGAUGUGGCCGACAAGAUUGAUGAUGGUAUGGAUGAUGACGACGACGGCGACGUUGUUUCGAACGCGCUGAAGCGACGCCCUGGCUUGCCUGUGCAAAUCGCUUCGGAUGGCGCGCUGCAGGUGGCAGGAGACGAUGGCAGCACGCUCGCGCUAAAGCAAGGCGCCAUUAGCAUCGAACAGGUGAGUGGCAUCGAGCGGUGCACAUGACGCGCGCAGACGAGUACUCGUGACUCUUCAGCUCACGAGCAACUGUUUCGCCACUAGGUACGACGGCUGGCCAUGUUCAGUGCGCGAAGAAGUGGCUUUUGA